AUGGAACAAACAGAUACUAUAAAUGAAAAUAACGCCACUGAAAAUGAUAAUACGUAUAAUAGCAAUGCAACAAUGAAAGCAAGUCCAAGUAAAGAAUAUUCAGGUAGUCUAAUAGAAGAUACUUCUGGUACGAAGUCUCAAAAAGAUACUACUUACGAUUCAACUAUGAAGGGAGUUAAUGAGAAGGAUCAUGAUUUAUCUGAUGAUGGUAAAAGCCUACUCUAUGCACACGCCUCGAGUAACUUUCCCAUGAAAACAAUAGAUAGAUUAGUCGACGAUAUAAUUUGUGAUAUUUCUUAUAUUACUGAUUUUAAUACCACUAAUAGUGACCCUAUUGGCAAUUCUCGAGGCCUCUUAAGAAUUUCUCCUUUAUUAUAUUCACAUAAACGACAAAAUAUGGAUAGCUAUGCUGUCGGUAGUUUUGUUGAUCAAAUAUCUUUGCAAACAAAAUAUGAAUUCAAAUCUGUUACAUGCCCUGAAUAUAAUAAAAUCAAUGUAUACUAUGGUAUUUUAGUCAACCCAAACCUUUCAUUAAAGGAUCAGGAUCAAGUUAUAGAUGUUCCAUUCUACCAUUUAAAGAUAUCUGUUAAGACUCGACCAUACUUGGAGACUAGAAUGAAACAAGUAGGCGUUACACAUUAUCAUCUAAUUGAUAAUUUACAUGAAUUCGAUGAACCAGAUUUUCCGGAAUUUGAUAAAAAACACCCAGCAUUGAUAGACCAUGCAAUUUAUGUAUCCAAUGAUACCAAUAGAAUAAUCCUUAUCGAAAUAUUUGAAUCAGAAUUCCUGUCCCCAGAAGAUACAGCAAGUUUUAAAAAGGAAAAUAUAAUGUUACGUUAUCAGGAGGCCCAAAAUCGAUUAGGAACAUUACUCUCCGAUACUAUAGUCUCUCCAGCAGAUUGUUUUAAUACUAUGUUUAAAAUAUUUAGAGGUCCAUUAAAUCGUCGAAAUCCUGAGGAUCCUAUAAGGACUAUUGAUAGGGAUAACAUAUCACUGAACACUCAUAUUAAUCCAGAGUGGCUGGUGUCGAAGUAUAAUUUUGUACUAAAUGAACAAAAAGAUGAAAAUACAGGUGAAAUUUCAAGAGAAUACGAGCCUCCUGAACUUUCUACAUACAUGGAUGAUCCAAAGGUGAGGUUACUUAGAGAUACGUACAUAAGGAGAUGCAUGGAACUUGCAUUUAGGGGCCAACUUGCAAUUAAAGUAGCGAGGAAAGAUGAAUUGGAAGCAAAUACCAAAACACGUAAUGCCCUUAAUUCGUUGCAUACCCAAUUCUCGAUAUCUCCAUUAUACCAAGUUAGUGGCGAAUCUAAUUCACUAAGAUUUCUAAACUCUGAAUCUCAUAGUCCCCUCGAUAUUAAUUUCCAUUUCAUUAAUUUAUCAAUCAAAGGCUAUUAUAGUGAUAGAGAUAUAAUUAGGAAUUAUGAAACUCUGAUCUCAUUAGAUCAUGAAAAUAUCGGUAUUUAUUAUGACGCCCUUGCAUAUAUUUCCAACGCUAAGGGCGCAUAUCAGUUGGUGGCAUACUGUGGGAAACAGAAUAUUGUUGGUAAAGAGGCAUUAGAUACUGCAUUAAGGAUAUUCAAAAUAGAUCCUACCGAGACUAAUAUUGCUGAUAUGGAUGAGAAGCUUCUACUGUCUAUUUAUAAACACGAAACACAUAAUGGGGAUGUUAGUUCACACAUCGAUCUGAAAAAUGCUGCUCGGAUAUUAGCAAAGUAUAAACAAUCGGAUCUACUAAAGUUUUAUGUGGAUUACGAACCUUAUACAGUGAUUGAACAAGCGUACAGGACUCUUGAAAUAGAUGAAUCGGUAGACGAUGAUAUUGUACAGACUGCUUAUUCAAUUAAAAUCAACGAUGCCCCGGGCCUUAUGAUUGAUUGUAAUCGGGCCUUAUAUACAAUUGCUAUUCACAAAAGGAGUAUGUCAUUAUUAAAUUUCUUAGUAUGUCAAUGCCCGCUUUUUGAGGAAUUUUAUAGUCCCGAAAAGUACUCUUAUCAAGAUGCUCUAAAUUUGCUUCAAGUUAACGAGAAUGCAAAUGACGAAGUAAUUUUGAAUGUAUUCCAACAACGUUGGAACAAUGAAUCGAUUACUGAACCAGAUAGACUGUUAAAUCUGAAGGCUGCCUUGACUAAGCUUGGUAUUGAGAAAAGAUCUAAGUUGAUCGAUCAUUUCUUAAAGACAGGAACUAUUGAUCCGAACUGCCUUCCACCAGAAAAUUGGCCUACUGGUUUAAAUAAUAUAGGUAAUACAUGUUAUUUGAAUUCUUUAUUGCAGUAUUAUUUUAGUAUUGCCCCCUUACGAGAAUAUAUUCUAGGUUAUCAGAAUACUAUUCAAGAUUUUGAGUCCAACACCAACAUUUUAAAGAAGAAAAGAAGAAUUGGUGGUAGAGAAGUUAGCGAUAAUGAAGUCGAGAGAUCUAUCCAAUUUACAUAUCAGCUUAGAGAUUUGUUUCGGAGCAUGAUUUACAGUAAAUCAAGAUGCGUAACACCUACUCAUGAACUAGCAUAUUUAGCAUUUGCUCCAAGUAAUGUUGAGGUUGAAUUUGAGAUUACUAGUACUUCAGUUGAUGAUCAAAUUAGGAAUAAAGAUGAAGGUUGCGAUACAAAAGUCUUUUCAAACUCCAUUUCUCCAUCAGAAGAAGAUGUUAGCGGUAUUGUACAGUCAAAUGAUGAGUUAUCAAAUCUAAUUGAAAUAAAUGAUACAGAUUAUGAUAUGUUACAAGAAGAAAAACAAAAGAAAAUCGAAAUAAAAAGUGAUAUCGCUAGUUCCAAUAAAGUUGCGAAAAUUAGUUUUGAUCAACUGGAAAAUGCACUAGAAAUGGGCAGACAACAGGAUGUGACUGAAUGUAUUGGUAAUGUACUAUACCAACUAGAAAGUGCAUCUGAACCUAUUAGUUUAGAUGAUGAAUUCGAACAGUACGAUUUGAUUAAGAAUCUAUUUUAUGGGAAAACAAAACAGGAAAUCAAACCAAUUAAUGAUUCAAUGAGGAUACGUGCUAAAUAUGAACGUUUUCUUUCACUACUGGUAAAUGUUAGUGAUCAUCCAAGAGAUAUUUAUGAUGCAUUAGACUCAUCAUUUCAAGAUGAAUUUUUAAAUAUGGAUGAAUACGGUGAUGUCAAGAGAACAGUAUCUAUAACUUCACUUCCAACUAUAUUACAAGUCCAAAUCCAAAGAGUGUAUUAUGACAGAGAAAGAUUUAUGCCUUUUAAGUCUAUUGAUCCAGUCAGAUUUACCGAUAAGCUUUUCAUGGACAGAUAUGUAGAAUCUGAUAAUGAAGAACUUCUUAAUAAAAAGAUAGAAACCACGAAGAUGAAAGAACAAUUGAGAAGCUUAAAAGAAAGACAAAAAGAACUACUAAAAAGAAACGAAUCUGGUCUCUCCAGGAAGGAAGCCUUUAUGGAAACAAUUAAAUUUUUGAAGUCAGAUAGUUUAGAACAACAGGGAAUCGAAGUUAAAGAAAAAGAAGAAUUAGAAGUUAAUUUAAACAAUCUCAUUGUUAAUAUGAACAAUGAAUUGAGUUCGAUUUAUAAUGAGAUAAACAUACUAGAAAAUAAAAUUACGCAUCAGUUUGACGCUUUUCAGGAUGUCGAAUAUACAUUAUUUGCUGUGUUUAUUCAUAGAGGAGAGGCAAGCUACGGGCAUUACUGGAUUUAUAUAAAGGAUCCAAAUGAUACUGGGAUAUGGAGAAAGUAUAAUGAUGAGACAGUAACUGAAGUGAGUGAAUCAGAAGUGUUUAAUUUCACUGAAGGUAAUACUGCUACUCCAUACUUUUUAGUAUUCGUUAAGGAAGAGGAUAAGAAAGGCAUAGAACCCCUGAAGAGAAUUCUAGAGGUCCCUGAAAUAGAAAAACUUGACUAA